AUGGCACCUUCAGGCCUGGCAAUAAUAAUCGGCGCCGGUCCGACCUCAGGGGCCGGUAUAGCCCGGGUGCUCGCCGACCCGGCCCAGGGAAAUCUCGCCGUGGCCCUCCUGGCCCGGAACGCGGACAACCUCGCCAAGCUCCGCGACUCGGUGCGCAAGUCCUCCAACGGCGGCGUCCUGCAGUCGUUCCCUACAGACACCCAGCCGGACAACCUGCGCCAGGCCUUCAAGGACAUAGCGUCGCAUUCGGACUUCUCGGGCCUAAAACUCAAGCUGGCAAUCUACCACGUCAAGCACAGCAGCAAAGGUCCUUUCCUCGAGGGCACGGCCGAGGACUUCGGCGCCAGCCUGCAGACCUACACCACGGGCGCCUUCGUGUUUGCACAGGAGGCCCUAAAGAUGAUAUAUGAGCAGCAGGGCGGGCAGACCCUCCUUGCCGACACGGGCGGUGCCAAGAAGGGCACCAUCAUCCUGACGGGGACUCUGGGGGCCAUGAGGACCAACGAGGGCUACGCCGCCUACGGGGCCGGGCGCGCCGGCGCCAGGAUGGUCGCGCAGGCCGUGGCGAAGGAGCACUCCAAGUUCGGCGUGCAGUGCGUGCACGCCAUCGCGAAUGGAGGGAUCGUGGACGAGGACAACGACGACACCAGGACAGGCAAGAAGAUGAGCGCCCAGGCCGUCGGCAGGACGUACCUGUGGCUGAGCGGCCAGGAGCCCGCGCUGUGGGUGCACGAGCUCGACCUCAGGCCGGCGCAGGAGAAGUUCUGA